GAAGCAGAGGUAGAACUUUGGUUUAACACAGUUUGAAAAUAAAAGGGCGGUAGUAUCCGAGCAGAUGCAGAGAGAAAGCACGAAGAAUUGAGGGAGAUACGGGCCAUACGGCAGGGAAGAAUCGUGGGGAGAGAGAGAGAGAGAGACGGCAGGGAAGAAUCGUGGGGGGAGAGAGAGAGAGGGAGAGAGGACGAUGGAGGAGUCAAUCGGGAAAUUGGGGAAAACACUAGGAGGCUUCUGCGCAAAUCUUCAAAACAGCUGUCACGCUCUCAAGCAGUCCGUCGAACGCCGCCCCAUUCCUCUUGAUUCCGCGUCAACUAAUUUCGUGCGAUGCCUGAAUGGCCGAGUAUCAUCCACCUCCACCGAUCUCAACUUGCUCCACUCUAUGGCCUUUGAUACGGUGUCGUUUGAGGAGCUUCUUGGUCACUGCAAUCAAGUUUACAACAAGAAUUACACCGAUAUACUUGACCUCGAAGACCGCUUGUUCACCUUCGGCUACUCUCCUCAUGAUGCUGAACCUGAACAAGUCGAAGAUAAAGAAGAUUGUUUAUUAGAGGAUUCACCUCCGCAGUCAAGUCUGAAAGCAAUUCAAGAUGAUAAUUUAUUUGACGAUUCAAUGAGUUUACAGAAUCUUGGACUUUCUGACGCUUGUCUUGCAACUAUUGCUUCUCAAGCAAAUGAUAACGUUCAGAUGGAAGAAGAAUAUCAAGCUAGCACUAAAUUCUUUGAAUUGCCUGAAGACGAGUUGGAGUCAUGCAAGGGUUCUGGAUCCUUCCUAACUGUAUCCAAAGAUGAUUAUGCAAGCAUACCAUCAUACAUGAAAAUCUUAGCUUCGUGGGAGGACGUGACAGCUGCUGUUGAGAAGCUGAAUGCGAGCUUGGCUAUAAAGGAGAAAUUGCAGGGAAGCUAUUUUUUUGGUCAAGACGAAAUUGCAUCAUUGGGAUUAGGGCCUAAAGGAAGAUCAUUUGUGCUGAUGCUGUUACGGAUGAACAAAUUAGUUAUUGAGAACAUUGAUGGUUCUGUAUGCUACAAAGUGUUGUAGGCAAACAUGAUGUUCGACUAUUACUGGUGGAAAUGAAAAAAACUUGUUAGAUAGCAUAGUAUCAUUCAAAAGAAUCUUUGUUCUUUUCAGUUACUAAAAUUUUUGGUCUUGGCGAUAAUUAUUUCGUAGUUUACAACCAUAUAUUCUGUAAUUUGCUGCUAUGCAACUCUUUGUUCACUUGUA